GCGGAGGGAUAAUUAUUUGUGGGCGGUAAAACUCCGGGAUCUCCGUCUAGCCUCGCUCUGGGGCGUGGCGGGGGAUCCAUGACGUCAUUCCCAGCUCUUGUUUUUUUGUCUGGGAGAGAAAGCCAGUUAAACUUGCACUUUUCGCGACAUUUCCACCUGGAAUACCGAGUUUUACGCCACAAAUAGGAGGUAGAGGACUUGCUGAGUUGUCGGAGAAAGUCCAGAGGACAUGUCCGCGCACACUUUGUGGGGAAUUCCGCCAUAACUUCGCAGAAACCAGGGACUUAAGACCAUGCCACGUCGGAAACAAGUCAACCCAAAGCCGUUGAAACGGCAAAGAGAGGAGGCAGAAGAGCUGCUGAGGAAGGUGAAUGAGACCAGCAGUCCAACUCCAGAGGAGGAUGGAGAAGAAGUCAAAGGUGAGGAAGCGCAGGCUGCUGGGAAGCCUGAUCAAGUUGACACACAGCUGCCCAAGAGACAACGGAUAGGAACACGGUCAGCAAACAAAGACAAUAAGAGUCAGCAACAGGCAACGAAAAAUAAGAAAGCCACCCCAAAAGCUGACCCAGAGGUCACCAAAAGCAGUCAAAAUGGCAGAAAGGUGCAGAAGAAACCACAGGGUAAAGGUCGGGGCAAAGGUCGCGGUAGGGGUCAGCGGCAGCCCAAACCCUCUACAAAAUUACCUUCUCCAAAGGCCAACAACCACGACGAAAACUCGCUGGACCAGUUUGAACUGGCUGAUGAGGACACCAAGUCUGGUAAGGAGGUGGAAAAGGAGAUCGUUGAGAAACCGAAGCCCAAGACCGCAGUGUCAGAGAAGCCCAGCUCCAAGCGAACAAGGGAGCCAAUGAAAAGCAGCCCUGACGGCAAAACCGAAGUUGUAGAAUCAGCCCAAACCGAGCCUGAUGAACAAACCAACAUGACCGACCUGGAGGUUCAGGCGAGAAACGAGGCACUGGAGGCCCUGUUGCAGAUUACGGACUCUGAGCUGAAUAAGAUGGACAGGUCGCCAAGCUCAGCGCAACCGCCAUUCCCUCCCCAAGUUAGCAACAGCCCCGCCCAGCAACCCACAGGUCAAAGGUCACAUCCUGCAGAAAGCCCAGCUGUAGUCGCCAUGCCAACAGGUGUUCUGAGAGCAGUGCAUGAUGGGAGGGGAGAUGUGCAGUAUCAUGCAGCUGUGGAACAGCAGGCUUUAAAGCUUCUGUACACAAAGCAAUCUGGGGUUGCAGAGAGUCACAUGCUGUACAGGGCAUCGAAAAUUAUGGGCAAGACUGACUUGGUGGAAACAAUGAAGCAAGAAGAGCUGGCCAAGCAGGAGAAGAAGCAGAAGAAGGCUGGCCGGCAUGUUUGUCCUUAUUGUGGAAGAGGCUGUGCCAAACCAAGUGUUCUGAAGAAGCACAUUCGGUCUCACACCGGUGAAAGACCUUACCCCUGCGUACCAUGUGGCUUUGCAUUUAAGACCAAAAGUAACUUGUACAAGCACCGUAAGUCCCAUGCACAUGCGCUUAAAGCAGGCCUGGUGACCAAUCCUGAUGGCUCGAAGAUCGAAGCAAUGGAUGACAUCAUAGACGACGGCGUCGACACAACAGACAGUGAGGACGACUCUGACGAAACGGUCGAGGGGAAAGUCAGCGAAGGCUCCGACCAUGCGCAAAAACUUCUGGCAAGCAAUAUGCGGAUUCCAAGCUCGUACGCGAUGCCCGUCCACAUGUCAGUAUCAUCAGCCGGAAGUAAUACCGAUGACCCUGGACUUUCCGAGGGGCUGGCCUCCAAGAUGAGAGUCCCAUAUCCGUCGCCGCAGCCCAACCAAUCACAGCCCAUGUACUUCGUACCGGGCAGGGAGGGCAGCCAAGUGCAAAUGCAUCCGGACAAGUUUGUGCUCAUCCAGCCACAGGUGUCGCAGGUACCGAGUGGGCUUCCUGUCAACAUGCCGGUUCACAUGAGGCCCGCGGUGCAGACGCUGGCGCAAACCGUCCGUGAACGCCUAGCAGCCAAGUCACAGGAGAACCUCGCGGACAAGUCGCGACAGGAGGCCUUACGACAACGGCGGAUGGCCAUUUCCAACCUCUCCCCCCUGCCUCCUUUGAAAACGAGCAACUUUGGAAACAUGAUGUCAUUGUCCAUGUCCUCUCUUCCAGAUGUAGGACAGCAGUCAACUCCGACCUCCAUGGUUCCUAGGCAACAGGCUGUCCAAACUAUGUCUUCACCUUUGACCCCCGGGUCAAAGUCAGUCUCCAUGUCAAACGUCGCCAGCAAGGACUCAUCCCAGCAGCCUCAGCGAAGCCUCGACCGAGAGAGUCUCCACGAACGCAUCAUGCAACUCAUCAACCAGAACGAGGCAAUUGUCGAGAGCCAGAGCCUUGAGAACGUGAAGCCGCGCCGCAUGUCGGGAUCUCGCAGGUCGAGUAUCGAGUCGCCCAAACCGACAAGCAUGGGAUACCUGGACCUGAUGAAGAAGUCAAGCCCAGAGGUGACCCAACAGAUGAACUCACAGAGCAUCCAGGGAAGGAGAGGGUCACUGGGAAACCUGUCUGAAAUGCAAACUCUAGGGGCUGGGAUUCCCCCAAUGACUCCAGUCACAACCAUCUCAUUCUCACUGUCUCCUUCUCCAUCCAUGGGCCUGGUUGCCAUAGCAACAACAGCACCUGCAUCCCCAUUGGUCACCGCUACAGGCUUCAUAGCAACCCCGCCUAGCAACGGUUCAUCGCGAGGAUCAAGUCCUGUUGUACAGCUUCCCACAAGGGCUGAAGUUCUUUCCUUUCAAAUGACUCAUAAGAAAGGCACAGAGAAGGAAAUGUCAGAAAAGUGGAGCGGGCCUCAAGGGAAAGGGACAGAGCCACAACUCACGAGCCCUCUUGUCCCCAUCAAUGUAAAUAGCGUGCAAACGUCUGCCCAUUUCACAAGUACGGCCGCAGCGACAAGCGGUACAGCCACACAAGCGGGGCCAGAAACAGGGAGCAGUAUGAUCAAGGAGCUUCUGUUGAGUAGAGGCAGGAUUCAGACGGAGAUGAUGAAGUCUAGUACGGAGAGGGAUCUCCCAAAACAUCCCACUUAUGCAAAUCCCCUGGAGUUGCAAACUUCUGUGCGGAUGAUACAGAAGGAGGACCGGGUCCUCCACAGCCCAAAGAAGCGGAAACUUUACGAAGAGAUGCAAGCAAAGGCCCAACGUCAGGCCAUGGCCGCACUUCAACAAAGCGGCAGCCAGGCCACAGUAGAGGGACCCCCGCUGAAAAUCUUCUUGGAGGAAGGAAGAGUAUUGUCUCCUAACGUUAGGGAGAAUUCACCCCAUUAUGCAACCAGUGCAACCAACAUGGCAGCCAGACCAUCAGAAGGUAGUUCUACUCCAUUAGAAACCAACUCAAGUCAAUCCUCGUCUAGUCAGGAGGCAGGCCAACAGGUACACAGCAACUAUCAACCUGCAAUACAAAAGGAAACAAAAGACCAACAAGGGGAGAAGACUGUGUUGUUAACAAAGAGUGACACUUUCUCUCAACUUCCAAGUGAAAAGCUUCCUCCGAAAAAGAAGCUCCUCUAUGCAGGAAUGCACAGUCCGAACCCAGAGGCAAGGCUAGCUAUGGGGGAGGGCUCAAGUGGGUUACAAACCGCUAUGUCACAGCAAGGAACAGCUGCAGAUGUUAAGAAGACAUCAGGUAACGUCUUACAGCCACUCCAGAGUCUGUAUCGCCUGGCAAACAUCAAGGAUCCUCCGGCUGCAUUCAUGACAAAACCAGACGUCUCUAGUACUGUAGCAGAUCCUAAUAUUGCAGUAUCAUCCUUGACACGAGCUAUGGAAAGAGACAAAGAAGUUUCAUCUUCUGCCGUAAGACCUGAACAGCUUGUGCAACCUGUUUCAGAAAAGCCAAGCAGUUUUGGAAAUGAUAGUCAAGUACAGAAAGGGCAUGUUUCUACACCUGUGGUUUCAACUCAGUCACUCCAGUCUGUUGGUACAGCGGAACACAAGCUUUCUAGUGGUCUGUCGUCAUACUCCAUUGGACAGCAGUCUCAUCAGGCAGUGACACUAGAUAAGAUUGUGACAGUUCCUGCAGCUGGACAACACUACUCUUUAUCAGCUGCAAACAGCAGUGCCAGAACAGCAGAUGUUGGACAGCUUAGUUCACCACUUGCUGUGACGCAAGAGAAGAAAUUGUUGCCCCAAUCUCUCAGCCACGCAACACAAAAACCAAAGGAGGGAGUGAUGGGUACAGCACCGUUUAUCCAGAGCACAGCACACCGACAGGAGGGAACAGCACAUCAAGGGAAGACAGCAGGAAUUCAUGGUCCUCCUGGGCAGCUGACACCUUACACGGGACAGCUGGCUGUGCAAUUUUCUCAACAGACAGCACAAGUUGCCAAACACCAUUCACAGCAGGGACAAGGCACUGAACCCCACUCGCAACAUGCUGCGCCCUCAAACAUUCAAAUCCAGUUGAAAAAGUCGCCAAGUGAGGAACAAGUCCUUCACAGCCGAGGUCAACAGAUGCAAACAACAGCUCAAGAGGAGGUCCAACACGACAGGCAAAGCAACCCUCCGAGGGCAGACCCUAACACGUCAACACGACACAGGGUGCCCUACGUCACCUUUGAGAGAGGGAAGGAGAAUAUUGUUGUCAUUAACGUCCCUGCACCAGCUCCGCCCAGGGAAAUGCAGAGCAUGAAACUGGAACAGACAGGGAACAUCAUCAAAGCAAACAUCAUGCCAGGGGCGGGAGGGCAGCAGAGGAUGCUGGUCCAGAUGGCGGUACCACUCGGCGGGCAGACUGUCCCGACCAAUCAGAGCUCUCUCGUCUCUCCACCCAUGCAGGGGAUUGGGAUGGGUCAGAGACAGCAGAAGGUUGCCAUGGCGCGCGCACAGAUGCAAGGAGCGGCCAUUAAACCUGACCAGUUCGGCAAAACUGUGGAGGUCAUGGCCAGCCUGCAGCCAGUCGCACUCUUAACGUUCUGUACCCUCCACCGGCCUCAACCAAUCCACUUGGAGCAGGGAUCGAACCAGUCUAUUUCCAUGUAUGCAAAGUGGAACAUCGUUCCCUCUUCCAUCGAUGUCCGUGGCAAUCUCUCUCUGUACAACUCGCAAGUCAACAAGCGGAAAUAUCGGCGUGGAAUCACAACGAUAGCGAACUCAACACAGCCGAGGGGCGGAAUAUUGACUCCAUCCAGCUUCUGGAGUUCUCGACACAAGGUAAAAGCAACGCAACAAGCCUUACAGGUGAAAGGUCAAACACCACAACCAACCAAAGAGGAGACCGUACCACAAGCAGGAGAGGGGGCGACGGCAGAGGGUGAGGUGUCAGAUAGCAGGAAAAAGCUGAAAGAGGCCAUCAGGGCCAAAAACGAGCCACUGAGAGUGAAAAUCUUUGAUGGCGGUUAUAAAUCCAACGAAGACUAUGUGUACGUGAGAGGGAGGGGUCGGGGAAAGUAUGUGUGCGAGGAUUGCGGAAUACGCUGCAAGAAACCGAGCAUGUUGAAGAAGCACAUCAGGACCCACACGGACGUCAGGCCCUACCACUGCAAGUAUUGCAACUUCUCCUUCAAAACCAAAGGCAACCUGACCAAGCACAUGAAGUCCAAGGCUCACAGUAAGAAGUGCCUGGAGACGGGUGUACCGGUAGAGGAUGGGGCAGUGGACGAAACCGGAGAGGAAACUGCCUCUAGUACGGGGCAGGAUGCCGGUGUCGAAGAUCACCAGUUUUCAGACGCGGAGACAACGGACUCCGCGGAGGACGAAGAAACGGAGAGCGAAAAUGAAAACGAUGAUGAAGACGAUGAGGAAGAAGUUGUCGAGAUUCAAGAUUCGGGCAUUUCUCAAGGAGGUGGUGCUCUUAGCUCAUCCAGUAUGCAAACGCCGGAACUGUUCUCUAUGUAUCCCCAUUCUCUGUCUGUGUCUAGCAUAGGCCUGAGCACCAUCUAUGGAAAGUCGGUGAGUCUGUCCCAGAAUCCAACUCCGUUGGCGUCACCGCCCGCAAGUCUACCUGCACCCGAAGAGCUGUCCAAGACGAUACAGAAGACUGUUAGGGAUCUCGAGGGGAAGGAAGAUGGCUCGAAAAUCCAGGAGAGUGGUAGACUUGACUUGCUCGCUGAAGCCUUAAAGGUUCGGACCAAACCAGCUACCGUGCCGCCGCCACUGACGAUCGGUUCAACUCAGGCUGGUAUGGGGUUUUGGGGGCUAACACAGUCUCUAAAACAGCCGCAAACUUCAGUAAUUCCACCAACAAGCUUCCAGCUACCCCCUCCACAGCCUCCAGAGCAGCGGACGCCAGAAAAACCGAACUCUUUGACGCCACAAGUCUCAUCUCCUUUACCGCCUGUACUAACCCCACAGAAGACGUUUGCACAUGGCCCACCCCUUCCUAGCCCCUUGUUGCUAAGCCCACCACCGUUGUUGGACAAGCAUGGCUAUGUGACCUCUCAAAUAAUCUCAGCCAACCAGCCCCUGCCAGGGCAUAAGACAGGAAAGACAGCAAUGCCACAAAAGCAAGAUGUCGUGUCAGUUCGUUUGCUCGCUGAAAAGGGGAACCCAGUCAUGUCUAGUAUGCCUGGAUCUGUGGCUGAAGAAAAGGGUCUGCAAAAGGAGCACACUAUUGAGAAAAAGCCACCUUCAACAAAUCCACAGUUUAAGCAGUUACCUCACCUUGUACCUGAAGCAGACAGACAGGCUGACUUACACCACACUCAAGUCCAGGUAAAAAAUGAAACAACAGAGCCAAAGGUCAAAGUUGAAACAGCUGAGAAGCUCAGCCAAUCACAGAGAGAGGACGCCACUCCACAGCAUGAAAGUCUCAUCAGUACAAAAACUGUUGAUGCCAUGCAGCUAAUUUCCGAGAGAGAAAAACCAUUGGAGGGGGAAAUUCAACAAGUCAUGCAUGCUAACAUACAGGAUGGUGAUUCCAGCCAAACAAAGGUUAUUGUGACAAAAGACGGACAGGUCGAAGAGUUCCACACAUGCCAUCUAUGCAAACGUGCUUUCCAGUGGGGGCGAAUGUUGCAGGAACACAUGAGAGCCCACGUAGAGGAGCGUCCGUUCACGUGUAAGGAAUGCGCCGUGUCGUUUCGAACCAAGGGGCACCUUAGUAAACACGAGCGCUCGCAAACCCACCAUCUCAAGGUUGAGGCCGACGCCCAGUUCAUGGAGUGGAACGAAGUUGAAGUUGUCGACUCCACAAAUGACCCGCGGCCUUUCAAGUGCAAGGAGUGUAAGGUUGCAUUCCGUAUCCCUGGUCACUUGGCUAAACACCUCAGGUCAAAGGGGCACGCCUAUGCUGUAGAGAGACAAGAACGCAUACAUCAGCUUGAUGGAAGCAGUUCGGCACAGAUCAGUCCUGGGUCUCUAAAAACUGGUCUCCAGAAGAACACAGGAGAUGUGGGGGUGGGUACUGCAGAGGGAGCGGCAGGAAGGGAGCUGAUUCAACAUGGGGAUUUGAAGUCUCAAACUAGUCCCUCAUGUAGCAAAACGUCCAGUGAAACACUGAUGAAUGUAGGGCUUAAGAAGGAGGUGACUGCUCGCGGAAGGAUCCGAAGCAUCUCGGAGACGGAAGCAGAGAAGUUAGGGCGAGAGAAGCACCUCUUCGAGAGGUUCACUCGGGAGAGGACGAUAUCAGAAACGGAGGCGUACGCCCCUCAGAUGAGGGUGGCUGCAGGCAUGGUGCCUCUUCGGAUCUCCACGUCAUCCAUGGCCCCAGCUGCUCACUACAUCCUCCCGCAAACAUCAGGACAAGUUCUCCAGCAGUUACCUGGGAUCAUGUACGCCCAGGCGCAGCCCAUGUCACCAAGGCUGGCCAAAACUCACAUUCCCAUCCAGCCCGCCCUGCCGACAAACUCGACAGGCGUCCGAACCGUCAUGCAGCCUUCCCUUGCCAUCGUUCCUCAAGUCGUGGCGACCGACGGAAAGACAGCAAUUGUGGGUACCCCAGUUUCCAUGCCUUCGACGUUACCCAUGCAGCCGUUGCUUAUUCCACAGGAGCAGGCACGAAAUCCGGGUGCACCGGGGCAGCCCCAGAUUUUACCUCGUAUGACGGCACCGGGACUUCUUAUGCCGGUCACCCCCCAACACCAUCAAACGCCAUCUCCUGCAGUGCCUAGUACAGCAGGGGCCCAACAUAGGCUCCAGAUGAUAUCACUAGCAAAGGGGUCGGUUCCAUUUAUCGUUACAGCACCUACCAUGUCUCCGAUCUCUCCUGGUGCGCCGAGCUCGGUCAAUGUGCAUGGCGCUCCACCGUCGUCCGUGCUUGCCAACAUCAGCCCUGGAAGCUACAGCCCACAGAGCAGCGAUCUUGCUGCACGCACGUGUCCUCACUGCAAACGGUCUUUCAAGAGUGCGCGGUACGUCUCCAAGCACAUCCAGACGCGCCACUCCGGGGUUAAGAACUUCAAAUGUCCGUACGAGGGAUGCGAUAAGGAGUACGCCAUCAAAGAGUCGUACAAGUAUCACAUCAGCACGCACGAGAGGAACAGUAACCGACAAGCCUCGCUUGAACAACAAGAAAACGUUAAAAGACAACGAACAAUAUCGGAGCAAACUGAUAGCAGUAUAGAAACUAUGUCUGGUCCCAGUGUGGAAAAGAGUCAUCAAAGUUUAGGUGAAACCAGUGCUCAGUCUGUUCCAAGUCAGCAAAUAGUGUCAAUCGGUCAGGAUGAAAGGAAAGAUAAGAAAGACAAGAUAGAAGAGCCUUUACAAUGCAAAGACACAGAAGUUAAAGCAGGGGAAAGUACCAAAGAAGAAGAUCAGCAGACAAUAGAUGAGAACACAAAGGGAACAAUGACAAAAGAAUCAAGUCCUGUACCAGUUGAUACAAAAAAGGAUUGUGAUAACCUUGCAAUAGUGGAAUCUUCGAAAGACACUGACGAGUUUACAAAAAGCAGUGAGGACACAGUUGGUUUCAAAGAAGAGACGUGUAUAACUGCAGUUCCCAUUCCAGGCACUAGAGGGCAAGGUGGCAAACAGGGAGUCGAGACAAGACGCAAACGAAAACUGAGAGAACAAGUGACCGUGAAACAUACGUCACCAAAAACUAGAAAAAAGGACUCUGCAAAGGUUCAACAACAGACAAAUACCACUCCCAAAAAACUGUCAGAAAAGAGGAAACCCAGAACUGCGGUAGAGUCUACAAGAGGAGGUACAUCCAAAACAAACUCUAGUUUGUUAUCUCAUAAGUUAGAAACUCCAAUUAAUGCAGAUACACAGACUUAUAAACAGACAACCGAAUCACUAGAUGGCAAUGAAAGAAAGGUUGAAGAAAGCGAGUCCAAAUUAAAGGACAAAGAGGAAGAGAAUAGACUUUGAAUAUAAAUUAGAAAGGCAAAAUGUUUUCACUGAUUGGACCAAAAAGGGUUUAUCAUUGUACAGGCUGUAUUGACUUAGUUCAGGGUCUAAAAGAAAAGUAUUUUAUUAGGCCAUGAAAUGGCAAAUUUUUCAGUUAUUUUGAGAAUUAUUUUCCAUGAACUGUUGCAUACUAUGAGGAGGAUGUGCUCUGUGUGUAAUUUUUUUCCUCAAUGCUAGAUUUAUAUGUUAUAGGAUCCCUGAACUGAUUUGAUACAGUCUGUGGAGUUUAUGUUUCCAUAUUGCUUUCACCAUACUCCAGUGAAGAAGCGCUGACUGAAUGUAUCAUUACAUUUUCUUCUUAAUACUUAACAUUUCAUAGAAAUGAUCAGGAUAUUGCUCAAUAGCAGCUACAUUUAAACUCUAAGAUUUCUCAUAACCCCUUACAGUAAUUAAUUUUUGGUAGACCAUUUAAGAACUGACUGUGAACAAGUAACCAAAUCAGAGGAGCUUUUCUUGUCCAAUUCCAACAGAUUGAAUAUAAUUAUUACUUUAAGCCAUGCUCUGACACAAAACAUUGAACAAAUUUUUUUUUUUUCAUUUUGGUCAUAGAUAAUCUGGUUAUAGCAUUUUGUCCAGUCUGAUUUGGUGGUCAUAUAAAUACAUUAUAGUGUAUUUCUUUGCAUCCAUUGUUUUGUCCUGUCAGACCCUAUCAAUACAUUUUUAUUAAUUUGUAUCUGAUCUUUACUAAGAUGCUGAAGUAAGCAUACUACAUAUGUGCAAAAGUUUAGCUCAGAAAAGUAUCCAAAGUUCAUCACAGAGGUAAGGAAAUUAUAACAGUUACUGAUUCAAAACUUUGUCAUUCUGCAUCAGCCACUUCUUUAUUACAUCAGGCAACCAUUUCACAAUGUCUACAUAAUUCUGAUUAUUAUUUGGCUCCCACCCUUAGAGUGUUGCCAAAAAUUGCCCAUUUUUUGUGGGUAGCAAUACCAUUACAAAAGGGUCAUAACAAGAAUUUGAUACAUCUUUACCUUAUGUAUGAAUUCAGAUAUUCCAAUCCAAAAAAUGAAGCAAAACUAUUUGUUGGGUCUGACAAAGGACAAAAGUUACCAAUGAUUUCAAAAGUUUCUGUCAAACUCUGAGGACAAUACCACAAGAGAGAUGCAGAGAUAGAUGUUUAUUUUGUUAGAUGAUCCAAUUGUACAGAAAACAUUCGAUAGAGAGAGAGAUACAUAACUGUAUUACCUCUAAGACUAAGAGCAGUUUGGUAUGAGAUUAAAGAUAUAAUGCUGGAAAAGUCUA